AUGUCAUCACCAACAAUACACCGUCCUAGCGACACAAUCACCACCGAGCGCCUCCUUCUCCGUGCUCUCUCUCCCACAGACAGAGAAGGUGUCUUUGCUAUUCGCUCUGAACCCAGGGUACUCUAUUGGACCGAACCCGAUACGCUGGAGAAGAGUGACGAAUGGCUCAGGAUAAGGCUGGAAAGUGAAAAGAGCAUGACUUAUGCCGUCUCGCUACUCCCUUCUACCGACAAUCGUUGCCCUCAGAUAAUCGGCGUGACAGGCGCCCACUCCCUCCCCGAGAUCGGCUACAUCUUCCACCCCUCCUCUUGGGGCCACGGCUACGCUACGGAAGCUUUGAAGGCUUGGAUCCACAUGUAUUGGCAGAGGUAUCCAGAUGGGCAUCCUGUGCUACAUGAGAGUGAGAGGGCGUAUCUAAAGGCGGUGACGGGACCGGGUGGAGAGGGAAGUCGGGGGGUAUUGAGGAAGUGUGGGUUCAGGUGGUUUAGGGAGGAUGAGGUGUGCGAUGAGAGGAAAGGGGCUAAGGAGAAAGGUCUCAGCGUGGUGCUGCAAGAAUUCAGGCUUGCGAGGCCGGGCGUGGAAGAGUGA